UUAUACACUCUCUGAAGUAAAACAGGAAGUUGGCUGGCAAUCCCAUCAUACAGUGCAAAGAUCAUCGGGUAAAGCGAAAGCAUGUGAAGAGUAAGAACCCCAAGAACUAUCACAUCGGGCAAAGAGCGGACGUGUCUCAGUGCAGGGAUGGCUCCACGAAUGGAUGAUGUCAUGCGUCUGUGCUGUGAAAUAUCAGCACACGAUCAGAUCAAGGUCGCAGUGAAAAACUCAACCAAAGGGGCGAUGGUGGCAGGAGGAACUGCCUUUUUAGGUGGGCUACUCGGAGGACCUCCAGGCAUUGCUGUCGGUGGAGCAGUCGGUGGUCUCUUGGGCAGCUGGAUGACCAGCGGGCAGUUCAGGCCUCUGCCUCAGAUCCUGAUGGAGUUGCCACCAGCCCAGCAACAGAAACUCUAUAAUGACAUUGUGGCCGUCUUAGGCAACCUGAACUGGAUGGACGCAGCCCAGCUCAUUGCCCUCGUGAUGGGCAACACCACCCUCCAGCAGCAGGUUACUGCUGCUUUGAUUAACUACAUCACAAAGGAGCUCAGAGCAGAGGUGCGUUAUCAAGACUGAGUUAUGAUUACACGUGGACAUUUGAGGAAGGGUGGGCCUGCCAAACAGAAAAUAUUUUUUGUAAGAAAGAUAUCACUCGUCGUCGUAGCAACUUGUGUUACUCAAUAAUGAAUGGAUAAUGACCUCACUACAAAUAAUGCUUUGUUUGACAGACUGACAUUAGUGUCAAUUUUCUUUAAGAUGUGUCUGGGGAGUCAUUUAUUCUGAAUUAGAAUAUCAUGUCUGUAUCCCACACUCUGUAUCAGGGUCUUUUUAAUAUACCUCUGCUGGUCACUUUCACCCGAAAUAAACAUUUGAAAUUAAA